CUACUCAAGUCAACUGUUAUAUUCGCUUUAAGCGGUGUCACGUGAUCAAAGAACAAACAAGAAUUGCCAAUUUGCUACCUAUGAACCAAACCUUUGAAUCGAAUUCGAUUCAUUUCACGAUUUCAUUCACAGCAUGGGCCAUGUUCAUGUUCGCUACGUCACUUGUUUGUCUUUCUUCUCCGCAAUAGUAAUACCCCUUUGAAAAAUAGAAACCCUUCCUUCAAUUUCGACGCUCAAAAGCUUCUUCGUUGCACCUGAUCAAAUCACCAUGACGGAUAAUGAAGAACCGAUGAUCUUAGCUGGACCAAGUUCUGAAUUACCAUUUGAUAAGUAUAAGCGUUGGCAGUGGUGGUUUAUGGUGGCACUCAGCAUAGCCUUUCUUAUUAUAGGCCAAUCCGCUGCGGUUAUCCUCGGAAGAUUUUAUUAUGACCAGGGUGGAAAUAGUAAAUGGAUAGCUACUUUAGUCCAAACUGCUGCCUUCCCAAUCCUGUUCAUUCCAUUCUUUGCAAUUCCUUCAUCUAGCGAGGCUUCAACUUCUUCGGCUCCGCCUUCCUUCAAAGUUAUUGUUUUGAUAUAUUUUGUUCUGGGAGUCCUAAUUGCUGCUGACAAUAUGAUGUACUCUACUGGACUCUUAUACCUCUCUGCUUCUACUUAUUCACUGAUUUGUGCAUCCCAGUUAGCUUUUAAUGCGGUUUUCUCCUAUUUCAUCAAUUCUCAAAAGUUCACCGCUUUGAUUAUAAACUCGACAGUGGUUCUCACUUUUUCUGCUUCCCUCCUUGCUGUUAAUGAAGACUCGGAUAAACCAGAUGGUUUAUCCCAGGGUAAAUACAUUGUUGGUUUCCUUGUUACCCUUGGAGCUUCUGCACUUUACUCUCUUAUACUUUCCCUAAUGCAACUGUCCUUUGAUAAGGUUCUGAAAAAGGAAACAUUUUCUGUUGUUUUGGAAAUGCAAAUAUACACAUCGCUCGUUGCCACUUGUGCUUCCACCAUAGGCCUCUUUGCGAGUGGGGAAUGGCACAGUUUGCAUGGAGAAAUGGAGGGUUUUAAGAAGGGAGAAGUUGCUUACGUGUUGACUUUGGUUUGGACUGCGGUGGCAUGGCAGGUUUGUUCUGUUGGUGUUGUUGGCUUGAUUUUCCUAGUGUCUUCUCUCUACUCCAAUGUUAUCAGUACUGUCUCUUUGGCAGUAACUCCUAUUGCUUCUGUUAUUGUUUUUCAUGAUAAGAUGAAUGGGGUGAAGAUAAUUUCCAUGCUUUUGGCUAUCUGGGGUUUUGCUUCAUAUAUCUAUCAGAAUUAUAUUGAUGAUUUAAAGACAAGACGUGCGCAAGCUGUUGCUUCUAAGUCACACGAUGAUUCUUCAUGUUGAGAAUAUUCAAAUUGGUAACAGUCAAUAAAUGUGUUAGCUCAAACUACCAAUUUUCUUUUUGGCUUUAAAUCCUUCAUUUAGCAUCUGCUAGUGUUAGGUUUUAUUUCUCUUUCAGGCCUAAAGAAAUAGUGAGCUAGUUAGGCUAUGAGCUUCUUUGCCACUUUGGAUAUUGAAUUGUAUAUCGUUCAAUGAAUGAAAAAGGUUGUUGGUGUC